AUGGGGUUCUGCUGGUUACCUGGUUACCUGGUGACCUGGAGUCUUUACAGCUACUAUACCUUACCUGCGCCUUUACAAAGAAGACACAGCUGCUGUGUCAGUGAGGGUCGGGCCACUGUGGAGGGCAGACGAGAGCAGCUGCACACUCCAAAAUUUGUCUCAAGUUUUCGCUCGAUUUUAGCGUGCGAUUCAGGGUGGAAACACGAUACUUCCGAAUUCGAAGACACGCUAGCCACCACCAACCAGUGGUUCUGCGAGGAAAGAAGUUACUCGGACCACGUCUACUCAAUCAACAUGGCUGGGAACAGUGUUGGCACCAUUGUCCUGCCUGUGCUGGCUGAUAGAUUCAUAGGUCGACGUUUAAUGUUCUACAUAGCGCUCCUCAUCCACAUAGUCUUCACACUGCCGGCUGUGUGAGAUUCAAAUUACGGCUUUCAUCUUACACUCAGGUUCUUUGCCGGUCUGGCUUUCGAUACGAACUACAUGAUGCCUUAUAAUAUAGGCUUAGAGUUCCUCUCCCCGGACAAACGCACAGCGGCCACUCUCUUUUCCUUCGCGUCGUGGACCUUCGGCAUGUGCCUGACGUCCCUCGUCUCGUGGCUCUUUCCCAGUUGGCAGUACCUGGCACUCCUGUCCUGCGUUCCCUCCGCCCUCGCCUUCGCUUACUGGUGGUACCUCCCAGAGUCCCCGCGUUGGUUGCUGUCCCAAGGAAGAAUACAAGAGUGCGCGACCAUCCUGCUCAAUGUAGCCCGCAUCAACGGCAAAAAAGACGUAUACCGGACGCAGCUUGAGUCAGACUUAUACAUCUUGUGGAACCUGCAGGAGAAGGAAGUGUCACUGAGAGAAGCCACGCGGUACCCGAAGCUGCGUCUGAGAGCUCUUAUCUUAUUCUUCAUGGGCGCGUGCAGCUACCUCUGCUACGGCAUGGUGUUCCUGGGCAUCACUGUUCUCUCCAGCAACUACUUCCUCAGUCACUUCGUCGUCUCGAUCUCGGAACUCCCGAGCAAUGCCCUGGGGUGGGUAUGGACGCAGUUCCUCGGACGUCGCUUCACCUGCAUCACCACCUUCAUAAUCACGGCUGCUUUUGUGGCCGCGGCGCCCUUCUGUCGCCAUGAUAAAUGGGUGAUGUUAGCCAUGGUCGCUUUCAUCAGGCUCUUCUGCACUCAGCUCAUCUACGUAGUGUACGUGCAGUGCACAGAAAUCUUUCCCACGCCCAUCAGGUCUACUGGGCUGGCCUGGCUAAUCGUCUGCGGGCUGGCCACCAUGAUUUCCACGCCUUUCCUUCUGCACUCCGGCAUCGGCGAGGACUUCCCCUGGUGGCUGCUCCUGGCGCUGAUGCUCCUGUGUGCCUUCCUGGGGACCUACCUGCCGGAGACCAUCGGCCUGCCCUUGCCCCAGACUUUCCAGGACGCGGAGGACCUGGGUAGCGGCCGGCCCCUUAGGGUUUGGAUCCACCACUGGAACCAACACCGUUUCGUCCCCAUCUCGUCACAGGAGGACAGGUACCAAGAGCUCCGGAAACUUUCCCUCACCAGCCCCGACGAAUUCAAAAGGAUGUCGUGUAAUGAGGUGAAGAAGAUGUCGCGUUGAGAUGUCAGAGAAUGGUUUCUGUGAAAGGAGGAGGCGGGUGGGUUUCCUCACGUUCAAAAUUCGUGAGGGAUUGUUCUCGAAGAACGGUGUGAUUCGGAAGAAAAUGCAGGAAUGAAGAGAUGAACGUGAUAAAAAAUUUGAAAUAUUAUUAUGUUAAACAAGAAUACAGCUUACACGACGUUCAGAAUUUAUAAGAAUAUGUUAUCGAAGAAGAGAAUGAUUUGGAAGAAAGUGUAGGGAUGAAGAGAUGAACGUGUUGAGAAUUUAGAAUAUUGUUAAAUAAAAAUGCAGAUUAAACGUUCAAAAUUCACAGAGCAGAACAGAGUAAAAAAAAUAUGAAGAACAGAAGACGAAGUGUUGAGAACGUAGAACAUUGUUUUCUUGAGAAGAAAUGAUAUAGCUUUCAUGUUCAGAAUUAAAAAGCAAGUGUUUUGAAGAACGAUAUUCUUUCAGUUUAAGGCUUUGAAAGAACUGUAAGUUAAAAUUAGUAGAUUUUGCAUUGAAAAUUCAAAAGAAUGUUCUGAAAAGAACACAAGUAGAUUUCGCCAAUACCUAAACAUUGAGAAUAACAAUGUUAUGUUAACCCCACCCCCUCCCCCCACC